AUGACAAAUUUAGACGAAGAUGAAGACAAUGAAUAUGAGCAGGUUGACUCAGAUAGCGAAGAAUAUGAUGAUCAGGUGUUUUAUUGUAUUAGUCAAGGAGAAGAUGACUCAUCAUCAUCUGAAUAUGCUGAUGAUGAUGAACAUGUUGUUGAUCAAAUUACACCACAACUUUCAUCUGCUAAUGAUGCUAAACUACGUUACGAUAUGCUGACGAUGUUUGAGGAUAUGCAGAUGAUGGUGAUCCUGAAUAUAGUUGUCCUCAUUGUGGUGCAAUUUUUGGUAGAUCGUUAUGUUAAAAAAGGACGUGGCCCAUCCAUGUUUGCUUUGCAAGGUGAAAACUAUCAUUUGAUGGGUUCUUUAAAACCAAAGGCUGGUGAUUAUGCAAAGUUUCAACAGCUUUAUAUUGUUGACACUCAAAAUGAAGUCCAAAAUAGAGUGAAUAUUAUGAGCAAAGAAGGCCGUGAACUCAAAGUCGAUAGGAAGAAAAAAUUCAGGCCAGACCUUGUGGAAAGCUUCAUUAAAUUGUUGGACGAUGUUAAUCCUCAUGUAAAAGCUUUUAGAAUGGCUAGAGAUAGCUUUGAUAUGGAGAAAGAAAAAUCAAACUUCCAUAUGAGGAUUAUCUCAAGUCGCAAAACUGAUGGUAGGGAAUACAACAUCCCUACGGCCUCUGAAGUUGCUGCACUGAUUACAGGAGAUAUUGAUGCGAAUAUGGAUAAAAGAGAUAUCGUCCUUCAAAAAAGAAGUGGAAAAUUACUAAGAAUUCAUGAAUGCCAUGUCGCAUAUCUAGCCUUACAGUAUCCUUUGCUGUUUCCAAGAGGAGAAGAUGGCUACAGACUUGGUAUUAAGAAGACAAAGAUAACAAGAGGAAGGAAAUCAAAGAAACAGUCAAAGAAAAAGAAUUCAAAUAAAAAAACUCAGAAGGAUGUAAGUAUGAGGCAGUGGUUUGCGUAUAGGCUUCAAGAAAGGAAAAUUGAGAAUCACACCCUUCUAAGAUCAAAGCGUUUACUAAAACAGUUUAUUGUCGAUGCCUAUACCAUGAUCGAAACAAAUAGGCUAAGAUAUUUUAAAAAAAACCAAAAGAAAAUUCCAAGAACAUACAAGGAAGAUUUGAGGAAAGCAGCCGAAGCUGGAGACGACAAUUUAAACAAUCAAGGAGACUCUUUCAUGCUACCUGCUUCUUUUACUGGAGGACCAAGGUAUAUGAGGCAGAGCUACCUUGAUGCAAUGGCUACAUGUAAGAAGUUUGGGUUUCCAGACCUCUUUAUUACAUUCACAUGCAAUCCUAAGUGGCCUGAAAUUGUAAGAUUUGUGAAUGAGAGGAAGCUAAAGGCUGAAGAUAGACCAGACACCAUUUGCAAAAUAUUCAAGAUCAAGCUUGAGAAUCUAAUGGCUAUGUACACGGUAGAGUUUCAAAAAAGGGGUCUUCCGCAUGCUCAUAUUAUAGUGUGGAUGGAUUCCAAAUGCAAGUUUCCUACUGCAGACGAAAUUGACAAGUUGAUUUGUGCUGAAAUUCCAGAUAAGGAAACAGAUCCAGAACUCUACAAUAUAAUAUCAGAAUGUAUGAUUCAUCGUCCAUGUGGUGCUGCUUACCCAUCAUCUCCUUGCAUGGAAGAAGGUUCAAUGAAGUACUUAUUUAAGUAUGUUCAUAAAGGUAAUGAUCGAGUUGGUGUCAUUGUUGAACCUCAUAAAAAAAAAGGAACUGAAGAAGGUCAGAAGAAUCUUCAAAAUGAGAAUACGCCAGCAUCAAAAGACGAAAUACAAGAUUACUUCGAUGGCAGAUAUGUAUCUGCGUGUGAGGGUAUGUGGACGAUUUUAGCUUACCCAAUACAUUAUAGGCAAACCGCUAUUGUUCCACUCACUUUCCAUGAGGAAGGCAAACAUCCUAUUUAUUUUCGGGAAGGUGAGUCUGCACAGGAUGUCAUGGAUCGUGACUCUCUUGAUGAAUCUCAGUUUCUCGCUUUAUUUGAACUUAAUAAGCGUGAUGAAGAAGCUAGAAAGUUAUUAUACGAAGAAAUACCAAGCAAGUUUAUAUGGGAUGGGAAGGAGAAAGUUUUUUUCAGAAGAAAAACAAGAGCAUUUGCUAUAGGGAGAAUUAAAUACGUUCCUCCGACAAUAGACGAUGCAUAUCAUUUGAGGGUCCUUCUCAAUUCAGUCAGAGGUCCUACCAGUUUUGAUCACAUUAAAACUGUGAAUGGUGUCAUACACAAAUCGUAUAGUGAAGCAUGUUAUGCUCUUGGUUUGUUAGAUGAUGACAAAGAAUAUAUUGAAGGUAUCAAAGAAGCACACUUCAUGUGUUCUGCAAAGUUCGCUCGUAAAAUCUGUAAGGAUCAUGGAGAAAUCGUUUUAAAUACUGCUUCUAGCGGUAUAGCCUCUCUUUUAUUAGAAGGUGGCAGAACAGCUCAUUCAAGGUUUAGCAUUCCUCUUGAAGUUCAUGAUACAUCUAUGUGCAGAAUGUCAAGGUCUUCUGAUCUAGGUGAAUUAUUCCAAGAAGCCAAGUUGAUUAUUUGGGACAAAGCUCCAAUGAUGAGUAAAUACUGCUUUGAGACUUUAGAUAGAAGUUUGAAAGAUAUAAUGCGUCAUCCAGAAGAUAAACCUUUUGGAGGAAAGGUCAUUAUUUUUGGUGGUGAUUUCCGUCAGAUACUUCCUGUUAUUGUUGGUGCUGGUCGAGAACAAAUUCUUAACUCAUCUUACCUUUGGAAUCAGUGUAAAGUGUUAAGGCUAACAAGAAAUAUGAGGUUGCUGCAAAAGAUAACUCCAAAUGAAGCCAGGGAGAUUGAAGAGUUCUCGAAAUGGAUUCUUGAUGUUGGAGAAGGAAGACUCAAUGAGCCAGAUGAUGGAGUUAUUCAUAUUGACAUCCCAGAAGAAUUGCUUAUCACAUAA